GGACAGGCAGCAGGAAAAAAAAACAACAGGCAAAAGGAGCAGCCAGGUGCGUGUGUGCGCACGUUCGUGUUUGCGUGAAUGUUGAAGCUUACAAGAAGAAGAACGAGGGAUCUUAUCAUCUGGACAUACAGCAGUUGUGUCGAAGGACAUGGAGUCGCCGGAAAGCUCUCCUGGGAUUAUGGGGCUACUGAGAACCUUUGAUUACUCCGAGUUUGGGAGCUGGGAGAAGAUUGGCUCGGGAGGCUUUGGACAAGUAUACAAAGUGAGACAUGUUCAAUGGAAAACGUGUCUCGCAAUCAAGUGUCCUCCAAGCCUCCACGUGGACGAAAAGGAGCGUGCUGAGCUCUUGGAGGAGGCUAAGAAGAUGGAGGCCGCCAAGUUCCGCUACAUCCUACCAGUGUACGGCAUUUGUGGUGACCCCCUGGGGUUGGUCAUGGAGUAUAUGGAGACAGGCUCCUUGGAGACCCUGCUGGCUGCCGAGCCAUUACCCUGGGAGCUUCGCUUCCGCAUCAUCCAUGAGACGGCUGUGGGCAUGAACUUCCUGCACUGCAUGAACCCCCCUUUGUUGCACCUGGAUCUCAAGCCUGCCAACAUCCUGCUUGAUGGCCACUACCAUGUCAAGAUAUCUGAUUUCGGCCUGGCAAGGUGGAACGGCCUCUCUGGGGCCAACGACAUCAGCCGUGAUGGAUUCUGUGGCACGAUCGCCUACCUCCCGCCAGAGCGAAUCAUCGAGAAGGAGAGGGUCUCCGACACCAAGCACGAUGUUUACAGCUUCUCUAUUGUGAUCUGGGGAAUUCUCACCCAAAAGAAGCCAUACCAAGGGGAGAAUAACAUUCUACACAUCAUGGUGAAGGUGGUGAAGGGUGUGCGACCCGAUCUGGGGGCAGUGCCCCGCAAUCGGCCCCAGGCCUGCAUUGGCUUCAUGGCCCUGAUGCAAAAGUGCUGGCAUGAGUCACCCCAGGCCAGGCCCAGCUUCCAGGAGAUUACAUCAGAGGCAGAGGAGCUGUGCUCUAAACCCCAGGAAGAUGCCAAGUGUCUCACUGCUGAACCAGAGGCUGGUCCUUGCACUGGACAUGGCUGCACUGACCAGGAACCAGAUGCAAGACCAGUGAGGCCAAAGUCUGCCAUGCUGCCUGAGAAGGACUACAGCCUGACAGAGCUCCUCAGUCAGGUGGACUCUGGCAUCUCCCGGAGCUUUGACCGAAUCAAGGAGGACUGUGGCCAGGCCAAGGACAACACUGGCAAGAGGCUCUCAGGCAUCUCCUCUGUGGACUCAGCCUUCUCCUCCCAGGGCUCCAUCACACUCUCCUUUGAGAGAGAGAACUCGGCCAGCGACUCGGGAACACUGGAUGUCCAAAGAAAGAAACUGUGUGAAGCUAUCAGAAUGGAUGAUAUUACCAAGCUAAUGAAAAUCCUACAGCCACAGGAUGUUGACCUGCUUCUGGAAGGAGGCUGCAGCCUCCUCCACUAUGCGGUACAACUGGCCAACGAGGAGGCAGUGAAGUUUCUCCUCCUCAACAAUGCCAACCCCAACCUGCCCAACUCCAAGGGCUCCACAGCCCUCCACCUGGCUGCUGAGAAGAGGCUGCGCAACAUGGCUGAACUGCUGUUGCUUGGUCGUAAGACCAAUGUCAACGCCAAGGACGAGGACCAUUACACACCGCUGCACUUUGCUGCUCAGAACGGUGACGAGCCCAUCACCCGGCUGCUUCUGGAUAAGAAUGCCUCCAUCAAUGAGCCAGACUUUGAGGGUCGCACCCCAUCCCACAUAGCCUGCCAGCAUGGGCAGGAGAACGUGGUGCGGGUCCUGCUGAGUCGUGGGGCUGACAUCCACGUGCUUGGGAAAGACAACUGGACCCCGUUGCACUUUGCAGCCUGGCAGGGUCACCUGUCCAUCGUCAAGUUGCUGGUAAAGCAGGCUGGAGCCAACAUUGACAGCCAGACUUCUGAUGGAAGGACACCGCUGCAUCUAGCCUCCCAGCGCGGGCAGUACAGGGUGGCACGCAUCCUUAUUGAGCUGGGGGCAGACGUCCACAUAACCGCCGCCGGUCUACGAACACCCCUGCACGUGGCUGCUGAGACAGGCCACACCAGCACCUCUAGGCUGCUCAUCAAGCACAAGUCAGAUAUUGAGGCCCAGACCACCCAGGGUUGCACCCCCCUCCAUCUGGCUGCCCAGCACGGUCACUUGCCAACUGUGAAGAUGCUGCUGGAGGAAAGAGCUGACCCAGGGAGUGUCAACCACACUGGCCGCACCGCUUGUCACCUGGCUGUUGAGGAAGGGCACAGUGAGAUCGUGAAGGAACUGUUGCAGAGCUGCUCAGAGAUCAUUAAUCUGCCAGACCAGCAGGGCCUCACACUGCUGAAGCUGGCUGUCAGAGGAGGCUACACAAGCAUCAUCCACACGCUUCUUUCCAACGGGGCCGAAAUGCCUCCGCCCUCCCCAACACCUAAGGAUGUGCCGCAGCAAGACGAGGAUCGCAGCCAGUCCACCAUGUUGAAGCUGUCCCAGAGGAGGAUUGUGAUUCUGAAACUGACAGAACAUGAGACACCUGACCCCCCAGAUCUGGAAGCAUCUCUCGGCACCUCAGCUUCCAGCUGAGGCAAGUGCAGGACUCUUUAUUGUACAGAACUGCCUACAUCUGAAUAUAACACUCUUGCCUUCCUUUCCUGUCUGGGCUUUCACUUGUGGUGAUUAAACCUUUUAGGAAAGAGGGGAUGGAGAAUUAGUUAUGUUUUGUAUAUUUUGUAAUUAAUAAGUAAAGGAAGUUACUUGUCAGGCGAGAUACAAUUUCCUUUAAUCCUUUUUCCGCAGUCCUUCGUUACCUCUCAUAAUAUAAUUUGUAUGUUGAAAAGGAUACAUAUUUAUACUGUGUAUAUAAUACAGCUCUGAUAGAUGGCUACAACAUUAGUCUCUAAAUAUAAACUGCUGUAGUGCAUGGUUUUCAUAUUUUGUUGCACAUGUAUAUUUAUAGUUAUGUUUUUGUGUGAUUGCAGUCACACUUGUAUUUGGUUUUUACUGUGGUACAGGGAUACCCAGGGAUACUUGGUUUCCUGUCUUCCAGCUACUGCACCACACACUUAUGAUUAGCUCCGUAACUCAUCUGGCUAUUUGUCAUUACAAGUGUGUCACUGCUGGAGUUUACUGUACUGCUACUUCUACUCUUCUAUGUGCCACAGGCAGGAAGCUUCAGUUCAGACUUCCAGGGUUGUUUAUGUUGAAGACCUGUCAGCGUUUAUAUUUAAAAAAAAAAAAAAAAA